AUGUCUGCUUUUCCUCAACGAGAUAGAUUCCCUUAUUUCCCCUCUUACGAGCAAACAGGCUUUAUCGAAGAAGAAACAAAAAUCAAGCCAGUCUCCUGCUCUGGUGGUAAUAAUUGCUAUUUAAUUGGCGGGAUGGUCGGUCAAGAAUUUUCAAGAAUGGAGAAACCCACCAAGAGGGAAUGGUCUGAGGAUGCCCCUAGGUGGAGGGUGGCCAUUGGCGGUUUAAAUCUUGAAGGAUGGUGCAGAAAUUCUUCUUGCAGUGCUUAUGGAGGACUGGUUGUCCAUCGAUGGGGCUUCAAAAACUCUGGUCUUUUUAGUUAUCACGAUAACGAACAUGAAUGUAAAUGUCCCCUCUGUGACAACUAUGUUCAACCUAUCACCUGUGGUUUUACUAACUGCGAAUGGAAAGUAAGUGGCUCCAAAAAAAACUACCCUGGAGAUGAACCCCGAAAAGUUGACACCGAUUGGCAAGUCGCUCUUGAUGAUGGAUACACCACUUUCGAAGAUAAACUUACCGAACUUGCUCGCUGGGAUAAUCUUCAAAUUAGAGUUAAAUUUCUCAGUAGUGAAAGAGCCCAAA